AUGGAUCUGACUAAUGACACGGAGAUGCGGAGAACCGAACACGAAUUAGCUGUCUCGAGUUUAGAUGAUUGCAAGAUCGUUGCAGAUACUCCCGACGAAUCCUCUGGAGUCGUCAGGACAUCCACUGGAGUCCGAAUCUUUGCUAAACCGGACGAACAGAGCCUUAACGGCAUAAUCACUUCGAAUGGUUCCAAUUCGGAUCCUUCAGAUGCUAUGCAUGUGAAAGACGAGGUAAUAACCGGUGACGAAUCUGUUACUCUCUGUAAUGACAAAGAUACUGUAGAAUCUGAAUCGGUUAGGGCAGCGAGUUUAGUGUUCCGUGUUAAGGAGGAACCUGAUUUAGAAGAUAUGGUGAUUGAUACUAUAGAGAAGAAGCCUAUGGUUGCUCUUCCUCAAGAAGAAGUUGAUUCUAUAACAGAAUCUGUAGUAGAAGCUGUUUCAAGAGGCUCUUACAACGAUUGUGUUACUGUUGAUGUCAAACAAGAACCUGAGAAUAUGGAGACGGAACAAUAUAUACCAACUGGUAUCAUCUUGGCGCCGAAGCCACUUCAAGUUAUUCGAGCGAAACCUGAGAGUUUUGAUACCCCUGAAGUUAUUGAUUUGGAAUCAGAUUCUUUGAAGCCACUAGCUAAGCAAGAAGGGAGUGAUACUCAUGUGAAGAUGGAACAUGUUGAGGAGACAAAAGUGGGUGGUUUGAGUUUGAGUUUGCAAGUGAGAGAAGAGAAGCCUGUGUAUGUGAGGAAGGUAAAUACAAAGGUUGAUGCAAGAAAGGUGAAAGUGGAAGAUGGAGAUUUCCCGGUGGAGAAAGAUUGGUACUUGGUUGGGAGGUCUCUUGUCACGGCUACUUCCACUAGUAAAGGAAGGAGAUUGGAAGAUAACGAGGUUGUGAAUUUCGCAUUUCCAUCUACUGUCAACUUGAAAGUCCCAAAUAUUGUUCGUUUCUCUACCAAAAGAUGUGGAGAGAUUGGAAGGCUUCCAAUGGAAUGGUCGAAUUGGGCUGUGAGCCUUUUGAGAUCUGGUAAAGUCAAAAUGAUGGGCAGAUGUGUAGCAGCGCCACCGUUUCUCCAAAUGAUGCAAGAUAUUAUGCUUUAUGUCAGUUUUUACAUUCACAGCUCCAUAUUCACUGAUGUUAGCAAAUCCACUUGGCGGAUUGGUUCUUCACCUAACAUUGAGUCCACGCUUCAUCCUCUUCUGCAGCUUUUCAGACACUUGACAAUCAAACCUUACCAAAAGGCUGAGUUUACUCCUCAGGAACUUGACUCUCGCAAACGCUCCCUCAACUUGGAGAAUGACACGGACGAAAGAGCAGCAUUGUUGGCCAUAGCGAAACGAAGAAAAGGUGCUCCACUGUGUCUGGAGCAGAACAAAGACGAAGAGGAUGCUCCUGAGUCAUAUAUGAAUCGGGUCGUUGGCGCUGCAGAUUCAUAUAACCUAGAGGAAAUGGAAGCUCCAAGUACACUCACGUGUAACCUGAGACCAUACCAGAAACAAGCACUCUACUGGAUGUCAGAAUCUGAAAAGGGAAUUGAUGUUGAUAGAGCAGCUGAAACUCUCCAUCCUUGCUGGGAGGCUUAUCGAAUCUGUGACGAGAGGGCACCUUCAAUUUAUGUGAACAUCUUCAGCGGUGAAGCAACAAUCCAGUUUCCAACAGCUACACAGAUGGCAAGAGGCGGAAUAUUGGCAGAUGCCAUGGGACUUGGAAAAACUGUGAUGACAAUUGCACUAAUACUUGCACGGCCAGGCCGAGGUAACCCAGAAACUGAAGGUGACUUGGCGGCAGAUGUUAAUGGAGACAAACCUAAGAAGAACGAGAGUCAUAAAGCACUAACGUGUGUGAAGGCCAAAGGAGGCACUCUUAUUAUAUGUCCCAUGGCAUUGUUAAGCCAAUGGAAGGACGAGCUUGAGACUCAUUCAACACCUGACACAGUGUCUGUGUUAGUUUACUAUGGAGGGGAUAGGACACAGGAUGCCAAAGCUAUAGCGAGUCAUGAUGUGGUCUUGACAACUUAUGGUGUCUUAACGUCAGCUUACAAGCAGGAUAUGGCGAGCAGUAUUUUCCACAGAAUUGAUUGGUACAGGAUUGUUCUUGAUGAAGCUCACACGAUCAAAUCAUGGAAAACACAAGCUGCUAAAGCUACAUUUGAGUUGUCUUCACACUGCAGAUGGUGUCUGACAGGGACUCCCUUACAAAACAAGCUUGAAGAUCUUUACAGUCUUCUAUGCUUCCUUCAUGUCGAACCAUGGUGCAAUUGGGCUUGGUGGAAUAAGUUGAUUCAGAAGCCUUAUGAAAAUGGUGAUCCACGAGGACUAAAGCUGAUCAAGGCGAUUUUGAGACCAUUGAUGCUGAGAAGAACAAAGGAGACGAGGGACAAAGAAGGAAGUCUAAUUCUUGAACUUCCUCCAACCGAUGUUCAAGUCAUUGAAUGUGAACAAUCUGAAGCAGAACGUGACUUCUAUACUGCCCUUUUCAAGAGAUCUAAAGUCCAAUUUGACCAGUUUGUGGCACAAGGAAGAGUUCUUCACAACUAUGCAAACAUCUUAGAGCUCCUCCUCCGUCUACGCCAAUGUUGCAACCACCCUUUUCUCGUUAUGAGCCGGGCAGAUUCACAACAGUACGCUGACUUAGACAGCCUCGCAAGGAGAUUUCUUGACAACAACUCUGACUCUGUAUCGCAGAAAGCACCCUCUCGGGCCUACAUCGAAGAAGUUAUCCAAGACAUACGCGAUGGCAACAGCAAAGAGUGUCCAAUAUGUCUGGAGUCUGCAGAUGAUCCCAUUCUCACACCUUGUGCUCACAAAAUGUGCCGUGAAUGUCUCCUUACUAGCUGGCGCUCUACGUCUUGUGGUCUAUGCCCAAUAUGCAGGACAGUGCUGAAGAAAACUGAGCUCAUCUCAUGCCCAACGGAGAGUAUAUUCCGUGUUGAUGUUGUAAAGAACUGGAAGGAGUCGUCAAAGGUCUCAGAGCUGAUCAAAUGCUUGGAAAAGAUUCGGAUGUCUGGUACGGGAGAGAAGAGCAUUGUCUUUAGCCAGUGGACGUCCUUUUUGGAUCUCCUGGAGAUUCCACUGAGAAAAAGAGGAAUCGAGUUUCUUAGAUUCGAUGGAAAGCUGGCUCAGAAGGCAAGAGAAAGGGUCUUAAAAGAGUUCAAUGAAACCAAACAGAAAACAGUUCUGCUUAUGUCUCUAAAAGCUGGAGGAGUUGGUCUGAAUCUAACCGCAGCUUCAAAUGUCUUCUUAAUGGAUCCAUGGUGGAAUCCGGCGGUGGAAGAGCAAGCAAUCAUGAGAAUUCAUCGCAUAGGGCAGAAAAGAACUGUAUGCGUCAGAAGAUUCAUUGUCAAGAAUACAGUGGAGGAACGGAUGCAACAAGUUCAGGCGAGGAAGCAGCGGAUGAUUGCUGGAGCUUUGACUGACGAAGAAGUCCGGUCGGCUAGACUUGAGGAGCUUAAAAUGUUGUUCCGAUGAAAAGAAGAUACCCAACAGAGGAAGACUUCUUAUUUACUUUAGUAAUGAGUUACGCUUUUUUAUUCCAUUUCAAACUGUUUUGUAAAUAGCAGUAGAAAUUGCAACGGUUCGUAGUAAGUUUGAUAUUUCCGUUAUCUUCAUUUUUUGGGUGUGAUUAUCUUAAGGUUGUUU